AUGGCCGAGCCGCAGGUGCCCGAGGUGCUGCAGGAGGUCACGGUCGGCUCCGAAAUCCCCCCGGGCACCCCCGAAGGAGCGCCGAGCUGGGUUUGGCGGGGGCCGGGCCCGGACUCGGAGGAAGAGGAGGAGGAGGAGGAAGAGUGGGCGCGGCCCCUCCUGAGGCUCUGGGGGGACUGGGGGGGCUCCUCAGACGACCCCUCCCCCGCCUCCCCCUCCCCCAGCUCCCACCCCCCCUCGCCCCCUCCCCUCGCCGCCCCAAUUGCCCCGUCCCGCCCCAGCUGCCCCCAGUGCGGCAAAUCCUUCACGUCGGGCCCGUCCCUGAGCCGCCACCUGCGCUCCUCGCACGGGGCCGCACCUGCGCUCACCUUCACCUGCUGGCGCUGCCGGGCGCCGUUCCCGUGCGGGGCGGCGCUGCAGGAGCACCUGGGCACGCCGGGCUGCCAGCCGCGCCCGCACCGCUGCCGCUCCUGCCCCAAGCGCUUCGCCUCGGCGCGCUCGCUGCGCAAACACCGCAAGGUGCACCUGGACGGGGCGCUGCGCUGCCCGGACUGCGGCAAGACGCUCACGUCCGAGGCCUCGCUGGUCACGCACCGCCGCAUCCACACCGGCGAGCGCCCGUUCGCCUGCCCCGAGUGCGGCAUGGGCUUCAUGGCCGCCAAGUCGCUCAGCAAGCACCGGCGGGCGCGGCACUCGGGCGGCUUCAUCUGCUCCGACUGCGGCCGCAGCCUCUCGUCGCACGCCGCGCUCGUGGCGCACCAGCGCAUCCACACCGGCGAGCGGCCCUACGAGUGCCCCGACUGCGGGAAGGGCUUCGCGGCCGUCAAAUCGCUCAGCAAGCACCGCAAAACCCACCGCGCCGGGGCGGCGGCGGCGGCCGCGCCGUGCUCCGAGUGCGGGCCGGGAAACGCGCGCUGCCCGCACCGGCGCUGGAUCGGCGGCGACAGCCCCGAGGGGGUCCCGGCGUCCCCGUGGCUGCUUGGGGACAGCCCCGAGGGUGGAGCGGGGCUCCUGGAGGGCCAGCGGCCCCUUGGGGACAGCCCUGAGCGUGGGGCGGGGGUCCUGGAGCGCCCGCGGCUGCUUGGGGACAGCCCCGAGGGCGUCCCGGUGUCCCCACGGCUCCACGGGGACAGCGCCGCGUGUGGGGCGGGGGUCCUGCAGCCCCUCAGGGACAGCCCCGAGGGCAGUGUGAGGGUCCCGGUGCCCCGGCAGCCCCUCCGGGACGGCCCCGCGGGGGUCCCCAUGUCCCCACGGCUGCUUAGGAACGGCCCCUCGGGCGGGGUGGGGGUCCCGGUGCCCGCGCGUCCCCUCGGGCACAGCCCCUCGGGGGUCCCGGUGCCCCCGCGUCCCCUCGGGCACAGCCCCUCGGGGGUCCCGGUGCCCCCGCAGCCCCUCGGGCACAGCCCCUCGGGGGUCCCGGGGGUCCCGCGGCGCCGCCGCCCGGCGUGCGAGCAGUGCGGGAAGGCGUUCCGCGACGGGGCCGCGCUGCGGCGCCACUGGCGCGUCCACACCGGGGAGAAGCCGUUCGGCUGCAGCGAGUGCGGGAAGAGCUUCCGCGCCAGCUCCAGCCUGGUCAUCCACCGGCGCACGCACACCGGGGAGCGGCCGUACCCCUGCUCGGGCUGCGCCAAGAGCUUCGUGUCCCGCUCGUCGCUCAUGAAGCACCUGCGCACUCACCUGCGCCAGGAGCCGCCGCCCUGA